CGAGGUCUGCACCUCCAUAUCAGGUUACUGCACCACCCUCGCAGCACGGGGGCUCCGGGGCGCCGGGGCGCCGGGCUUCUGCGCGCAGUCGGCGCCCGGACGCAUGGGAGCAUGACGCCGCACAGGACGGCGUGGCUUCCAGUUCUGCUGGUCGCCGUCGCCCUGCGGCCUGCUUCGGCGCUGACUCUCCAGCAGGCGCAGGGCGCGCAGCUCGGGGCGGAGGCGGCCGCGCCGGAGGUGCUGGCUGGCGCCCCGCGCGCCCGGGGGGAGGGCGCGGGCUCUGGGCCGAGGCCGCUGCUGCUGGCCAGGAGCCAGUGGGGCUCCGGCUUCGACGCCAAGUUCUCCGCGGUGCCGCGCACGUCCUUCCGGGACAAGUGGCUCACGUGGAACGCCGACGCCGAGGUAAUCUUCGAUCGCUGGUGGCGCAGGACUCAGCUCCCCGCGGAGGGCUGCGCGGCUCGUGCGGAGAACUCGGGCUUCCUGUCCGCGCGGGUCGACAUGGAGUGGGGCAUCACUUCCGCGAUGCGCGACGUGGAGGACCAGCUGCUCUUCGGGCUGCUGGAGAACAAGCUCGUUGUGUUCUCCGACUUCGUCGAGCAGAAGGACGUGAUAGUCGACGCAAUGACGCAGUACAGCAAGCAGUGCGGCGGCACAGGCAGCCGGGCGUGGCUCGAGGAGUGCUACUUUGAGAACCUCACGGCCUGCACCGGGGAAUUCCGGGCUGGGCGCAUGGGGUGCCCGGAGCAGCAGCUGGGGCGCAGGACGUUCAAGCUGACGUCGGACUACUCGUGGUUCUUGCAGAAGUCGCAGCCCCUCUGGGACGAGCUGGUGCGCGCCGGGGCCGUCGGCUGGCGGGCCGCCAGCGCGGAGAGCCGGCUCCUGAACAG